AUGAUUUAUAACUUCAUAUUACUAGCAACUAGUAUAGCAGCAGCGUCAAUCCCCGCUGGUUUCAGUUUCUGCUCCUCAGAUGGUAUCAAAGAUGCGUUACCAGACGUUUUAGGUGUCCAAUUUGAUCAAAAUUCAAUUUCUGCUUCAAUUGCAAAUGCGACUGUUGGCAUCCCAUAUUGUAAUGUGUCUUUAUCAUAUUCACAUCCAGGUAAAAACGACAUCAUUAAUUUAAAAUAUGCUUUUCCUUCAACUACAUCAUUCAAGAAUAGAUAUUAUAGUGCUGGUGGUGGUGGAUAUACAUUAAAUCAAGAUCCAACUGGUGGAUUAAAAUAUGGUGCCGGUUCAGGAGCUACAGAUGCUGGUUAUGAUGCAUUUCAUUAUUCGUUUGAUGAACAAGUCUUAUUUGGAAAUGGAAGUAUUAAUUGGGAUGGAAUAUAUAUGUUUGGAUAUCAAGCAUUAGGUGAGUUAACUAAAAUUGGAAAAGGAAUAACUAAGAAUUUGUACUCCAUGAAUGAUGAUAAGUUAUAUACUUAUUUCGAAGGAUGUAAGUAAUCGCAAUUUAAAUUGUGGUGUAAUCUACUAACAUUUUAGGCUCCGAUGGUGGAAGAGAAGGUAUGUCACAAGCUCAAGUUUAUGGAGAAGAAUACGAUGGUAUUGUCUCUGGUGCGCCUGCUUUUAGAUACGCUCAACAGCAAGUCAUUCAUUUGUUUCCUGCUCAAGUUGAAAAAACAUUAGGUUAUAAUCCACCACCUUGUGAAUUAGCCAAAAUUGUUAAUGCUACAAUUGAUGCUUGUGAUAAGUUAGAUGGUAGAGUAGAUGGAGUCAUUUCUAGAUCUGAUUUAUGUAUGUUACAAUUUGAUUUAGAUUUAAUUAUAGGUGAACCUUAUUACUGUGCUGCUCAAACUUCAACUUCUUUGGGAUUUGGAUUUGGUAAAAGAAAUGAAGGAUCAACUACUCAAAUCACACCAGAACAAAAUGGUACUGUAUCAAAAGAAGGUGUAGCUGUUGCAAAGGCAAUAAAUAAUGGAUUGUUUAAUUCCAAAGGUCAAAGAGGUUAUUUAUCAUGGCAGAUUGGUUCUUCAUUCAGUGAUGCCGAAACUACAUAUAAUCAUACUACUGAUUCUUGGAAUUAUCCAAUUAUUUCGUUAGGUGGUACAUUUGUUGCCAAAUUUGUUGAGUUAUUAAACAUAGAUAAUAUUACUGAAUUACCUGAUUCUUAUGAAGUUUUAAUUGAUUGGAUGGAUAUUGCUUAUAAUCGUUAUUUAGAUUCAUUACAAACUACUAAUCCAGAUUUAACUAAAUUUCAAUCUCAUGGAGGUAAAUUAUUACAUUAUCAUGGUGAAAAUGAUCCUAGUGUUCCUGCUGCUUCAUCAGUUCAUUAUUGGCAAUCAGUAAGAGACAUAAUGUAUGGAAAUUAUACAUGGGACGAAAGUUUAGAGCAAUUAAAUGAAUGGUAUCAAUUUUAUCUUAUUCCUGGAGCUAGUCAUUGUGCUGCUAAUGAUUUACAACCUGGUCCAUAUCCAAAAUCGAACGUGGAGAUAAUUAUUAAUUGGGUUGAAAAUGGUAUCAAACCUAGUGGUUUAAAUACAGUCACUACUUCUGGUCCGUUUUCAGGAGAAGAACAAAAUUUAUGUAUGUGGCCUGAUAGACCAUAUUGGACCAGUCAUAAUAACUUCACUUGUGAAUUCGAUCAAGCUUCUUAUGAUAGUUGGACUUACACAUUUGAUGCUUUCAAAGUUCCAAUUUAUUAG